UUUGUUUGAAAACUUCUUUAAGAAAAAGAAAACACGCACACUCUCGCACAAACUCCCGAUUCAUGCUCUUUUGGACGAAACGAAGACGCCCUCCCUCGAUUCAGAUCACCCGAAACUCCCUUCGUCCAAAUCCACGUCGAAUCUUCACAAAUCAAACCCACCCAUUUUACAGGAACGCCCCAAAAUUCUCAAGCACCUGUCUUUAACCAUCUUCACCGAUCUGCUGGUUAAUGCAAGUGAUUAUAACGAGAUGGACGUAAAUUUUAGCUGCGUACGCGCGUCCCGAUAGCAUGCACUGAGUGGAUGAUACGUGGACGAGAGGGGACGGAUUGGGCUGAUAAAGAAACGAUGGCGAAUCAGGUAGUCAAAGUUCAGAGGGAAACGAUUGUAGCAUGCAUGACCUGCCCACUUUGCAACAAGUUGUUCAGAGACGCCACCACCAUAUCUGAGUGCCUUCAUACGUUUUGCAGGAAAUGCAUCUAUGAUAAAAUUACAGAUGAGGAAUUAGAACAGUGUCCAAUCUGUAAUAUUGAUCUGGGUUGUGUUCCGCUUGAGAAAUUAAGGCCAGACCAUAAUUUACAAGAUGUAAGAGCUAAAAUUUUCCCUUUGAAGAGAAGAAGCAAAACACCUGAGGCCUUUCCCUCUAUAACAAUACCAGCAAGAAGAAAGGAGAGAUCGCUUUCAUCUUUGGUUGUCAUCACUCCCAGAGUAUCAACACAGGUAACCAUGACUGGGAGAAGAACAAAACCUACUAGAAAGGCCAGUGGUCUUCGAGCCUCUAGUUUUCCCAUUGAAAAGCCUGUAAAAAAAGAGGAAUCAGUAGAAGAUCAUACAGAGAGUUCAAGCUCGCCAGACACUGUGAACAAGUUUACUCAGAAUACCAGACAGAGUUUGCCCCCUCUUGAGUCUAGCCAAUCCUUACACACCAAAGAAAAAGAUGAUGGAGCGGAACCAUGGGAAGCAAAAUUGGAUCUUUGGAAACCUUUGAAUUGUUUAGUAGAAGUGGCAAGUAGGAGUAAAUCUUUCAAGUCUAGUGUGCAAGGGUCUGAUGCCAAACUAGAACCUGUGCAAAUAAAUGAAAACGACACUCAAGGGCAAAAAUCCAAAAAUAAAGAGAAUAAGCGCAAAGCGAAAGUUGAGAAUGAAAAAGUUGACAUUGAUCCUCUCUCUUUAAAUACAGUAAAGCCUAAUAAAUUGCGGAAAGUUCGUCGUAAAAGGGAACAUCAUUUUGGAGAACCAGGCAUAUCACCUCAAGCUGUUCUGGAUGCAAACAGUGCUACAUUCAAAAGGAGAACUGGUCCACUUUGGUUUGCCUUAGUAGCUUCUGAAGAUCAGGAAGGAGACACACCUGUGCCCCAAAUUCCUGCAAGUUAUUUAAGAAUAAAGGAUGGAAGUUUACCUGUGUCAUUUAUCCAAAAAUAUCUAAUGAAGAAACUAGACCUGAGCAGUGAAACUGAGGUUGAGAUUAAAUGCAUGGGGCAGCCAGUGGUCCCUACGCUGCAGCUAUGUAGUUUGGUUGACUUGUGGCUGCAGACUGCAUCUACGACACAGCGAAUUCCAGCAACGAUUGGGUCCUCGGCAAAGGAAUUUGUAAUGGUUCUAGCAUAUACGCGCAAAGUUCCACACCCUUGAUCUGCUUCUACCAUUAUGUCUAAAUCUCUAUCUUUAAAUUUAGCGCAUGCGGCUCUUCCUAGCCUCCAAAUCUUGUCACUAUGUUGCCAACAGCAACACCAUCAUGGUGGAUAAUGAACACAUUUCCUGUCUCAACGUAGCGUAGCAUGGCAUUCCCGAAGUCUGAUUUUUCGACGGUUUGCUUUCCUUUUUAUUCGCUCUUUAUUUCUUCCAACUAUUUCGCGAUUGUACACUUGACAUCAAGCUACAUUUCUUAGAUAUCCAAGUCAUAGAUACAGGUUCCAUACUUGACUGCAGCAGAUGAUUUCUUGUAUUUUAAGUGACGUUUGAAUUCAGAGGAUUUUCCCCCAUUAUAAAUAUGCAGAUUGUUUGUGCUGAAUUAAGGAGGAAAUCAUGCCAUCAUCCCAUAGAUCCAUACUGUCACCGCUUUUCUUCAGCCAUCCCCAAAAGACGUCUGUUUUACAUUGAACGGAGAACAAAUCACGUGAUGAUAUGACCCAAAAAAGAAUUAUGUCAAAUAUGUUGUGAAGCACGAUCUUUUUGUCGGUGUAAAGCAUGAUCUCGAACUUUCUACAA